ACAUUUGGCCCAGAUCAGACCCGUCUUGCUAUGUGGGAUCACGCACUUAAUACGAAGGGUUAGGCGUGCUAUUAUUUUACAUGCUUUCACUUUCAGAAAAGUGCAUGAUUCUGGCCUAGAAACCCAAUUAUAAGGGCAAUCAUCAUCAUCAAAAAAACAUAUUACUCACAUUUUUUUUACUUACAGUCGUUGGUAAUGCAUCUUAGACUGUUUGGUGUUAUUUUUGUGAGACUACAUUUAUAAUGUAAUGAUGCCCUCUAGUGGUGAGUUAAAGACUAGCAAAAAAAACAGUGGUCAGUUCAUGUUAUUUUGCAUUAUAGUAUUAAGCAGUCAAAAUAUUAUCAGGGCCAAAUGAAAAAAAUGAAAAAACAAAUGCGAAUAAAGACAAAAGACUCCUAUUCACAAUACUGAGAGUAUAUAUGGUUCCAAUGGUCAGACUAGGGACUCUGGCAAUCUCCCGUCAAAAAGGUGUGUGAAUUUGAACAGGGUGUGGUCUUUGGGUCAUCAGUAGGGGGCAGUGUUUGGGGUGGGCGGUUGUAAAGGGGUGAGGAACCCGAAAAACCGAAUGAAUCAGCAAACCCCAUUAAUCUCCGUUAGCUAUGUGCUAACCGCUGGCACUGACAAGCUGAGCCCCGGUGCCUCUACAGAGCAGCCAUUCUCAGUACAGAGACCCUUAUCAGGCAGAUUGUGGCGGUGCCUUUGUUUGCUUUAAGAGAAUAUUAUCAGAGUAUUAAUUUGCCGAGUCGGGUAACUGAUUAGUCCUGUGCUGUGGGGUGAGGUGACGUAGGUGAAACCACCCUCAGCCCUUGUUAGGGACCUGAAUAGAUGUUUACUCUUCUUCGUUUACUUUAUUUACUGUUCGAAAUAGCUGUUUUCAGGAUCGCCAAGCCCUCCAGAGGGUGAUCCGUGCAGCAGAACGCUGCUGCAGGUCGGCCCUUCCAUCUCUUCAGGACAUUUACAUCAAGAGAUAUAGGAGCAGGACCUUCAGGCUCAUAAAGGACACAUCUCACCCCAACAACAGCCUGUUUCAGCUUCUGAAAUCAGGAAAGAGACUCGCGAACAUCAUGACCAGGACUGAGAGACUUAGCAGGAGUUUGUACCCCCAGGCCAUAAGGUCUCUGAACCUGGACAUGCCAUUGCACCUCACACCCUGAUUGUGGUCUUGUACCCCUCACCAUAUCCAUACUGUUAAACUGGCCACUUUUUAUGUCUGUGUCACCGUUCAUUUUGAACAUACUUCUCUGCUUGCAUUUUAGCUUUUUGCACUGUAACUUUAGCAUAAUUGGAUUAGACUACAAAAGAGCGCGUUCAGGAUGCAUUUCACUGCGUAUUGUACUUUGUAUAACUAUAUAUGCGACAAUGAAGGAAUCUUGAAUCUACUCCCUCUCAGCUAGAUCAGAGAGGCGUAAAUAGGCAUUUUUCUUAGGUAGCAUGACCACCCCCCACCCGAGCAGAAUGGCACAGGACUGGACACCACAGCACUCACAGCUAUUUGCUCAAGUCCUCAGUGGGACGUUGGCCACCCUCCUGCAGGUACCAGGCGGACCCGUCUCCAAGCGACGGUCAUGGAAAGCGCCGGCAGCGCACACGUGACUGAACCGCCUCCUCCCGCCGCCCCUCUGAGUCACAGACGUCAACCCGUCCUGCCAAAAAAACCCAAGCUCAAUUCUGGUGUGGGAAUAGAGUCCUGGUUUCCCUGACGCACAGGAGCUCGCCCGUAUCAGAGACGCACAUCUCAGGGACAAUGGCCUCCACCAUGAUCCAGACCUCCGGCUUCAUCCUGGGCCUGCUCGGGGUGGUCGCCACCAUCGCCGCCACCGGCAUGAACAACUGGAGCAGCCAGGACCGCGAGGGCGACGUGGUCACCUCCGUCUACUCCUACAAGGGCUUGUGGCAGACCUGCGUAGUGGAAACCUCUGGCUUCACAGAGUGUCGGCCGUUCUACACCAUCCUCGGGCUGCCAGGUACCUUCCAGGCGGUGAGGGCCCUGAUGAUCGUGGGCAUUGUCCUGGGUGCCAUUGGCAUCCUCAUCUCUAUCUGCUCCCUGAAGUGCAUCCGCAUGGGCGCCAUGGAGGACGGCGUCAAGGCCAACAUGACCCUCACGGCGGGCAUCAUGUUCAUCGUCGCCGGGAUCUGUGGCAUCAGCGGGGCCUCGGUCUACGCCAACCAGAUAGUCAGCAGCUUCAUGAUGACCACAUAUAACCCCCAGAUGGGCGGAAUGGGAGGAAUGGGCGGAAUGGGAGGAAUGGGCGGCAUGGGAGGAAACCUCGCCCCCAGGUACACCUUUGGGCCCGCCCUUUUCGUAGCCUGGGUGGGAGGGGCUGUGCUGCUGCUCGGCGGCGUUUUGAAGUGCCUGGCAUUUAAAGGGUUAAUGCCGGAAAAGUCACGCUAUAAUGCUGUAGCGUACAAGGCCCCGCCCCAGAACCAGCACAUGUAUGAGGACUCCAGGGCUGAAGAUGACAGGCGGGAAAAGCAUUUCGUUUAAGCACUGAAGUUUCAAUUGGAAGAUACAUUUACAGUCAGAAUGAUUUUUUUUUUCUUAUUAGCAUUUCUCGUCAAAUCAAUAUAUUAGUGGUUACAAAGUAGUGUUUUGCUGUCACAGAUAUAGCAUCCUACAUUAUAUAUGAGCAUUUUUAUAUGAAUACUUGUUUGUUUGGUAGAAUUUUAUUUUAUCAUUUCACUGAAUUUGCCAUAUUAACAGUAAGUUUGUAUAUAAGCUGGUUUUUCAAAAAUGUAUGUUUUCAAUCUAUUGCGUAUUUGUAAUGAAUUAUGAAUGUUUUAACGAACUCUGUAAUGAAUUUGCAGCCAGCUAAAGAAUUACCUUAUUACUGUACUUUAUUACUUAUAACUGAAAUCCGAUAAAGAAUUACCGGAUUUCAUUUAUAAUUCAAUUUCAAUAAAAUAUGCAGUUACAGUG